AUGCCUCCAAAAGAUCCAGAAUUAAUUGCUCUUAGAAAAGAACUCGAAGAUUUAAUUGCCAAAUGUCAGCAAGACCAAAAAAGCAAACAAGACAAAACCAUUGAAGAAAUAUCUAAUGGAAUGGCUGAUGUGCCAAAGUGCAAAUUGGCCACUAAGAAAAUGCUCAAAGGACAUAUUAAUAAAGUGAACUCUGUCCACUAUAGCGGCGAUAGUAGACACGCUGUUUCCGGAUCGCUGGACGGCAAACUUAUCAUAUGGGACACAUGGACCGGCAAUAAAGUACAAGUUAUACCAUUACGUUCAGCCUGGGUUAUGUCUGUGGCCUUUGCACCGACGGGAAAUUUCGUCGCUUGUGGAGGGAUGGAUAAUAUGUGCACUGUUUACGACUUAAAUAAUCGAGAUUCGAACGGAGGAGCAAAAAUGAUACGUGAAUUAUUGGGUUACGAGGGUUUUCUGUCGUCGUGUCGAUUUGUCGACGAUAAAACCCUAAUCACCGGAUCUGGAGACAUGAAACUUUGUAUGUGGGACUUAGAAGCUGGUAAGAGAUCAAGUGAAGUAGAAGCCGCUCACUGUGGAGACGUCGUGUCCUUAUCAUUGGCACCGGAGGACCAAAAUAUUUUCGUGACGGGCAGCGUGGAUAAGACUUGUAAGCUAUGGGACCGCAGGGAACUGAAGUGCAAACAAGUGUUUUUCGGACACGAGGCUGACGUGAAUUCUGUUUGUUUUCAUAACAGUGGAUACGGUUUUUCUACAGCUUCGGAAGACAAGUCGGCUCGUCUAUACGAUAUUAGGUCUGAUCAACAAAUUGCUAUGUACAAACCACCAAAUACCACUUCAGGAUUCACUUCGUGUGGUCUAUCGGUGUCUGGUAGGUUUCUGUUGGCUGGUAGCGACGAUAACUCGGUUCAUGUGUGGGACACGAUGAAAGUCCAACACAAUGGUACUUUGAAUGGACACGAAAAUAGAGUAACUUCUCUAAGUGUAUCGCCGAAUGGUAUGUCCGUGGUCACAAGUUCCUGGGACAUGAACGUACGUGUUUGGGUUUAA